AUGAGUUCUACUGUUCCACCAUGGCGCGCUUCAUCAACAGCGACCGCCACGACUACCUCGAAUCCUACUGGGACUAUGUCUCCUGCAUAUAUUCCCGUGCAAGCUCGUCGUAGUUUGGCUCCUCAUGGCGAGUCCAACGCGUCUUCGAACCCCUCUCAAAAUCCUCCUGCCCCCUCAUCGUCAAGUACCCAACCACCCCCCGAGCGAAAACGUGUCGAAUGGCCCCUCCCUGUUCGUCAGUACGUCCAGCGCAGUUUUGUACCCGAGUACCAGAUCCCGAGUGUUAGCAGGCAAGAGAUGGAGGCAAAAUUGAAACAGGUCAUCACAGAGGCAGCGGAGAAUAACAUGCUUGAGACCAUCGAUUGGGACAACCUUCCUUUACCUCAAGUUAUGAUCCAGAACGAGCGCAACAGGAUCUUGACAACUCCUGUAGGGUCUUCUGCGUGGACUGUUCCAUCCAGUGUUGCUGCUCUUAAGUCCAAUCUGCAAGCAAGUGAGGAGCGCACAAAAAAGAGGAAGUCAACCGAUAUGUCGCAAGAAGACGCGGGCGACGACUCACCGCCGUGGCGGAAGACUAACCAGCGCUCUCAAUUGGAAGAUCGAGUCACAUACUCCCCCACUGACAAGCGUCAACGCAUAGAUAUCAGCAGCAAAUUGCCAAGUAAGUCCAAAGCCACUCUGGAAUCUCGGAAGAAGCGGUUCGAGACUCCGCGUGGUUAUCAAGAUACCUAUCGAGACGAGUCCCCAGCCCCCAGUGCGACACAAGGACCCAUUGUUGGACGGUGCCAGGAUCUGGAAAAGAAUUAUUUCCGCUUGACUUCAGCCCCCAAUCCUGAUACAGUUCGCCCACUUCAUGUACUCGAAAAGACGUUGGAUCUGCUGAAGAAGAAGUGGCGGAAGGAGAACAAUUACACCUACAUCUGCGAUCAGUUCAAGUCAUUGCGGCAGGACUUGACGGUGCAGCAUAUCCGGAAUGAAUUCACGGUGAAUGUGUAUGAGAUCCACGCCCGGAUAGCCCUGGAGAAAGGAGAUCUUGGUGAGUAUAAUCAGUGUCAGACGCAGCUGCGGGCGUUGUAUGAGCAGAAUCUGGGCGGGCAUCCGAUGGAGUUCAAGGCGUAUCGUAUUCUCUAUUUCAUUUACACGCGCAACCAGACGGCGAUCAACGACGCGUUGGCAGAUCUAACCCCAGCAGAUAAAGCGGAUCCAGCUGUGAAGCACGCGCUUGAGGUUCGCUCGGCACUUGCGCUGGGCAACUAUCAUCGCUUCUUCCAGCUGUACCUCGACACCCCGAACAUGGGAGCCUAUCUCAUGGACAUGUUUGUUGAUCGGGAGCGACUGUCGGCGCUGGCCUGUAUUUGUAAAGCAUACAAACCUGACGUAAAAAUCCGGUUUAUCACGGAAGAGCUUGGAUUUGAAUCGGACGAACAGAGUGCACGGUUUAUCCUAGACUAUGCACCGGAAGAAUUGCUGCAGGAGAAGGAUGGGAGCGUUCGGCUCCUGACGGGCAAAGCAGGACAGAUCUUCGAACGGGCCAAAAUCGAGGCCCAUAAGGUGGUCGACAUCAAAGGACAGAUCUGA